CAGAAAUAUGGAAUCAGAUGACGUAGUAGUUCCGGGUUUCUAUGUCCACAGCGAGAGGUAACUCUCGGUCAUACGAGACAGGCUGAGAGACACGACGGAAGGAGUAUUGUCAGAGUGACAGUGGACCAAUUUUAUAUAUUACCGUUGUGUGAUUCUCACAGCUGUCCAGUUUGAGGGAUUCCUAUUUCUGAAGCCUUCCGUCUGGUACAAUUCUCCUAGAAAGCGGCAUGGGACUCCAGGUAGACUCGUUACUCCAGUCUAUCCUCCUCGUUCCAAUCCACUUCCUGAUAUGGCUGUACUCCGUCCUGACCUUCCUGCCCUGGUACUACAUCACCGGUGCUGGCCAAAGAAAAACUAUGUCUAACCGGGUAAAGGCCCGUUCCACCUCAGGCUGCCCCGAGGGACCUUACCGCUCUGUGGACCAGUUUGACUCCCUAGCUAAGGAGGACUUCCCAGGCAAGGACACACUGGACAAGCUCUUUGAGUAUGCUGUGCAACGCUUUGGAGAAUCACAUUGUCUCGGCACCAGGGAGAUGCUGAGUGAAGAAAAUGAGAUUCAGCCCAGUGGUAAAGUUUUUAAAAAGCUGAUCCAGGGGGAGUACAGAUGGCUGUCAUACAAGGAAAUUGACUCUGUCGUGAGUCAGUUUGGAAGUGGAUUUGCAGCUUUGGGACAGCAGCCCAAAAGCACUAUUGCGAUUUUCUGUGAAACCAGAGCGGAAUGGAUGAUCACUGCUCAGGCAUGCUUCAGGCGCAAUUUCCCAUUGGUGACAUUCUACGCCACACUCGGAGAGGAUGCAAUUGCCUUUGGACUGAAUGAGACUGGUGUUUCACAUCUAGUCACCAGCGCAGAACUGCUCGAGACUAAACUGAAAAAAGUGCUUCCACUGUGCCCAAAACUGAAGCACGUGAUUUACGUGGACCAGAAGAAAGUGAGCACAGAAGGCUACCCAGCAGGAAUCUCCAUCCACAGCAUGCAGGCUGUGUUAGAGAUGGGCGCACUGCCUGAAAAUAUGGGGAGGGCUAUAGUGAAGCCACAGCCCUCUGAUCUGGCUGUGGUGAUGUAUACCAGUGGCUCCACUGGACGACCCAAGGGAGUGAUGAUUGUCCACAGAAACCUAAUUGCAGGAAUGACAGGACAGUGUGAGCGUAUCCCUGAACUAGGGCCCAGUGACACGUACAUAGCCUACCUGCCCCUGGCUCAUGUUCUGGAAAUGACAGCUGAGAUCUCCUGUGUUACAUAUGGUUGUCGGAUUGGCUACUCCUCCCCACAGACUUUGUCAGACCAGUCCACCAAAAUAAAGAAAGGAAGUAAAGGAGACUGCUCCGUGCUCAAACCCACCCUGAUGGCAGCUGUGCCAGAAAUAAUGGAUCGGAUCAACAAGAAUGUAAUGAGCAAAGUGCAGGAAAUGAGUUUCAUUCAGAAGACGCUGUUUACACUGGGCUACAAAUAUAAACUGGAGCAGAUCAAGAGGGGCUAUGAUGCACCACUCUGCAAUGCCGUGUUAUUCCGGAAAGUCAAGAAACUGCUGGGAGGACGGGUGAGGAUGAUGCUGUCAGGAGGGGCACCCCUUUCCUCCGUCACUCAAAGAUUCAUGAAUGUGUGCUUCUGUUGUCCAGUGGGCCAGGGCUACGGCCUCACUGAAACCUGUGGAGCAGGCACCAUCACAGAGGUUGCGGACAUCAGCACCGGUCGUGUUGGAGCUCCUCUUAUUUGCUGUGAGAUCAGACUCCGGGACUGGGCUGAAGGUGGCUACACCAGCAAAGACCAGCCAAACCCAAGAGGGGAGGUCCUGAUUGGUGGUCCUAAUGUAACCAUGGGUUACUACAGGCAGGAAGGCAAUGAUCAGGACUUUUUUGUGGACGAAAAAGGGGAGAGAUGGUUCUGCACUGGAGAUGUAGGAGAGGUUUACCCAGAUGGCUGUCUACAAAUAGUCGACCGCAAGAAAGACUUGGUCAAACUGCAGGCUGGAGAGUAUGUGUCUCUUGGUAAAGUGGAAUCUGCGCUGAAAAACUGCAUUAUCAUUGACAACAUCUGUGCUUACGCAAACAGUGAGCAGAACUACGUGAUCAGCUUUGUGGUUCCCAACCAGAAGAAGUUGAUGGAACUGGCCAAACAGAGAGGCAUAGAUGGAACAUGGGAGGAUAUCUGCGUUCACCCUGAAAUGGAAAGAGAAGUUCUGGAGGCGAUCAAAGUCGCCGCUGCCAGCAUUAAACUCCAGCGAUUCGAGAUUCCCAUGAAGGUCCAUCUGAGUCCCGAGCCGUGGACCCCAGAGACGGGUCUUGUUACAGAUGCAUUCAAGCUGAAGAGGAAAGAGUUGAAGAACCACUAUCUCCACCACAUAGAGAGAAUGUAUGGAGGAAAAUAGCUUGGACAGUUUCACCCAAGAGUCCAAGAUAUCACCAUAACCACUGUUUUGUGAUCCAUAAAUAUUUCCUUAAAGCAGUUUGUGAACCACAGACAUCCACAUGAAAGUGUCUUGAAAAGCUAAAUGCUGUAGAUAUUAAUAGUUGUUUCCUAUGUGCUGCUUUAUAUUCAUGUGAUGAAGUUUUUGAUUGUCGAAGAUAUGGACUGUAGUGGCUUCGCACUCGGCUGCCAUCCAUUCAAAUCUGUCGGCUUUCUAUUUGAAGCUCUUAAAAAGUACCAAGCCUGCAUAUAUUUUCAUUGCACUUGUUACAUUGAGAAUAUUACCAACCGUAUUCAUCAGGCUUCUAAAGCUCUUGUAAAGUUGGAGUGCUUUUGUUACUGUGCCUUCAGUCUGCGUUACUUGUGUAGUCGAGCAGAAGUGGGAUCUAUUAAAAAAAAAAAUAGUAGUUUGUUUGUUACAGAGAAAAUGGCAAUAGUGCCACAUUAAUGUUUACUUGGGGCUUUAGGAAAUAUCCCCCCCUUCCAGAAAUACACUGACAUGGUUUAUGAUCAUGUCUGCUAACCCACUCCAUGUUUUAUUUAUUCAGUUAAUGUGUCAAUAUAUUCAGAAAGACCAAAAUGUGUACACAUGAAUGACUCAGGAAGAAAAAAAUAAAUAAAUUUAAUAUAUGAAAUUUGGAAAUGGUGGGUUUCUUGUAUAGGAAAAUUUGUACUAACUGUUGUGGGGACCUUAUUU